GUUGUUAGAUUGAUGAGAUCAUCCUUUUGUUAAUAUCGGCUCGUUUGAAGAAGAAUUUAUAAAGUAAUCGUUUGUAUAAUUAAACUUGAAAAGUAAUACGUUAAGCUAUCAAAACAAUCUUCUGACGAAACGGUGUACAGUUGUUUAGAAAUAAAUUCUGUACCAUGUAACUGUCUUGCUUUACAGCCGUUUACAUAGUCAACGUAAUAGAUAACCUUAUCGCAGGUCCCAUUCACAAUCUGUUUCACGCUAGUCAACAACUAAUGGCGUCUCUGUCACUUUCGAGUGUGACAUUUUUGUCCAUUUUUUUGUUUGUUUCCCUAUAGAUCAGCUGAUAGUCGCCAUUGUAUGGUGAUCAUAUGAUCUUCAACCGUCACUACUACACCUGCUCUAGUGGCAGGAUAUACCGCACCAAAAGGUGUAUGUGUGAUUACGCGUAUUCUACCAUGAGAUAUGCAAAAUCGUAUCUUUGCUCCUUGUUUUUAACUCUCGUUCUACCAAAGUGUGCGUCAUACCGUGCGCGUCAGUCUCACGUACGAGAUCAUUUAAGCCGGUUCGUUUUGCGGUAGGGCAGUAGCACAAAAGAAGAAGGUAUCUCACAGUGAGAACACAGGGUUCAGUUGCGACAGUGACCGAAGCCGCAGUAGGCCGCAGUUAUCGUUAUUGUGCAGUGAAGUCGAAUACGAUUUGAGGCAGUUCUGUGCGUGUUUUGCGGGAAGCAGAAAAAAGGUUUUUUUUGUGUCUUCGUCUGUAAUGAUGUUCACAUUAAGAGAUACGAAUUAGUUGUGCGUUGUACCCUACUGCAGUGAAUACCUCAAGUGCUAGCAUCAACAUCCACACGAUGGACAACUUUGAACGAAUACUGGUCGAUGUCGACUGUAGCCGGUACGAGGAGGAUGCGUUUUCGUUGCUGGACAAAUCGCGCGACGUCAACAUUGUGCGCGAUCUUCGUUCGUCCACCGUGUCGGCGUUCGAUCAAACGAGCUUCCCGCAGCUCAACAUCUCGUCCCGGACGCAACUCAAGCAGCAACUCUUUCGCGAACAGAUCAAGAACAGUGAGUCGGGCCCAAGGUCCAUGGUGACCUCACCGGGUCCACCGGUACUGUCCGUGCGUUUACCGCUCGAAAACAUUGACAUUGAGCUGCCGAAAAAGGUGCUACAGGUGGAGACAAAACUCGAGAACCCGACGCGUUACCAUGUGAUCCAGAAGCAGAAGACGCAGGUGCGCGAGUACGUGACGGCGGCACUGAAGCUGACGAAGCAAAACCUUGUCCGGGAGUCGUGUCGACAUACGCGGCUCAUGAUACUCGGUCGGCUGUACGAUUCGUUCAUUAGCACGAAACCAUCGCAACAGGCGGGCGGUGGACAACCACCAUCUGUUGCCGGUGCUAACGGAACGGCUGGCAGUGGCGUCCCACUAUCCAGUGCCGGUCUGAAUGGACAGGGCAAGGUGCUGAGCGCAUCCGGCACAUCGACCGUAUCCUCAAUGUCGACCGGUACACCUUCGGCGACGCCCACCAUCGAGCAGCAGCAAGAGUGGCGCCUGGAGAUGAAGCUAUCCUGUCGCUUCGGCAACAAGCUGUACAAAACAUUCGUCGACGAGUUCGACUACGUCCGGGAUCUGCUCGGGUUGAUUCGGUUCGAGAUACCGAAAUGGGUAUUUGUGGUGUCGGAGUUUGAGGACGAGAUCUCGUCGUACGAGUGUAACCGAGCGGCACGGGCAGCCCAGCAGGCGGCAGUCGCUGCCGUCGCCACCGAUCAGGAAUUUCUCGUACGUCCCACACUGACCGGGGAGAAGGGUUCCAAGCAUGAGAAGUUUAUCGAACCGGAGGUGCGCGAUCGUAUCAAGAAGGAUAAUCACAACUGCAGUAGGUAUUCGCAGCGGAGGGGGUCGCGUCUGUUAUCGAACCACUUGGUAAAGUUUUACCGUGUUGUAACGUAUACAGCUGGACAACUGUUUGAAGCAAACUUGAUGAUGAUCUAACGAUUUUACCGCAACUCAUCCAGAGCUUUUAUAUUGAAGUGUCUUUUGAAUUGAUUUUUUUUUAAUCAGAAUAAGCAACUAAUGUCUUACUAAGCGGCCAGGAAGGAUUCCUUUCCGGCCAGCGGUGCAUUUUAUUCUAUUUUAUUAUUUUGAUAUCGAAGGAAGUCUCUUCCCUGGAGCAGCUGUGAGGAUCUCUUUUGGUUUCUCGGCGAUUCUCUGGAUCUCUUUGGUUUCUCGGCGAUUCUCGGGAUCUCUUUGGUUUUUCGGCGAUUUUGCUCCAGAACACUUCUCUGAUGAAGGACAAAGUGCAUGUAUGGCUACAACACAUCAACUAAGAGGAGUUCUAGUUCUUUGGAUCUCUUUGGUUUCUCGGCGAUUUUGCUCCAGAACACUUCACUGACGAGGGACACAGCAGCUAGCAGUUGAUGUUGAUCUGAAAUUGUAAAUAAACCUUCUUCAAAACCACCAGUUAUAUCGGUUACUGUACAUGUGUGUGGAUUCAUCGCCGAAGAUAACCUCAGUAAAGUGUAUCAAUACAGAAAUAUUGUUGGGACUCGUC